AUGUCUGGCGCACUUCGUCCUAAACAGUCCCUCGUCACAGGCACCACGGCGCCCUCUCGCGCGCGGCCCGCGCUGACGCAGGUCCGCACCAAAUGGUCCGUCAACAUCUUCAAGGGCUGGGGCAAGUCCGGCACCAGGGACGCGCCGUCCUCCUCCAAGGCGCCGCACGACGCCACCUCGGAGCUCGACGACCCCAAGAAGCGAGCCGCCUUUCUCGAGCGCAGCAUGCACGGCUCCGUGUCCGACAACAUCUUCCAGGACGAGAUUGACGCCGCCGCCGCCCGGCCCCCGUCGAGCCAGGGGCCCCCGCUCCCGCCGGACCAGCAGUCGCCGGAGCAGAAGACGCGGGAAAACAUGGCCAUGGUGACGGACCCCGAUCCCAGGAGCAGGAUACGCUGGCAGCGCAAAAAGGUGAUCCAGAUGGUGCGCGGGAACGGCGCCGUCUCGAGGGAGGAGCGGAUCAGGGCGACGGAGCGGCAGCUCCUGCACAAGAGCCACUUCAUGCCGACGAGCGUCAAGAAGCUCGUCAUGCUGUCGAGGCAGAUUGCCGGCAAGCCUGUCGACGAGGCCAUUUCGCAAAUGCAGUGGUCCAAGAAGAAGAUGGCUGCCGAGGUCAGGUACUACUUGGAGGAGGCCAGGGACUUGGCCAUUGCCCAGAGGGGCAUGGGGCUGGGCAAGGUCAAUGGGGAGGUGUUGGAGAAGCCGAGGAAGAUAGUCACCAGGGAGGGCAAAUGGAUCGAGGUGACGGAUCCCACGCGCAUGUACGUUGCGCAGUCUUGGGUCGGGCGGGGACCUUGGAGAGGCAAGGAGAUCGAUUACAAAGGCCGUGGGAGAAUGGGCGUUAUUCAACACCCCAGCACAAGCUUCACGGUCCUUUUGAAAGAGGAAAAGACGAGGAUACGAGAGCAUGAGGAACGGGAAGCCAAGAAGGCUGCCAAGGGGCCUUGGGUUCAUCUCCCCAACCGUCCUAUCCAUGGACAGCGGCCCUACUACUCGUGGUAG